AUGUCAAGCAGCACAUUCGUCGAUUUGGUUUUUUCUUACGAGGCGAAUAAAGACCUCUAUCAACAGGCAUUCUGUGUCAAUCCUCCUGAUGGAGAGUGUCCUUUUAGUCCAUGUCCCAACGGCGACGUUACUGGUAUCGGUUCCCAGGUUUCUGUUUAUGCUACCACAAUCAUUUACGCGCUGGUCCUUGCCUACAUUCCGUGGUUGAAACGACCAAUGCUGUACGCCUACCUCAGCUUGGUCUUCUCCCUCCAAAUCGCCGGAUUAGUUUCAAUCCUCAAGAACAACCUCAGCUUAACCGACGCCCUCUUCGUAUUGAUUUGCGUCGCAUCACCGGCCACGUUCUAUAUGUGGUAUCUCUCCAUCAGAUCACUCUGGAACCCUUCCCUAUUUCCCAUCCUCCGGGACCCCGGUGCAAAGCCAAAGCCCCUUUCAAAAUCCAAAGAAGUACACAUCCUCCGGGUCGUCAUAUUCCUUAACAUGGCGUUCGAAAUCGCGUUGAUAUGCAUGGUGUUCAUCCCCACACGGGUGACGAAGCUCAAAUUCAGUCAGCCCGCGUGUAACCAGAAGUUCGGUACCAAGCUGUGGUUUAACUUGGCUUGGGAGCUCCCUUACGCCAUGCAGAUGGUUGGUACUUUCCUUUUCCUUGGAAUAGCAUGGGCGAUCUUCAAAGGGUGGACUUCCAUGAGGUUCUAUGAGGUCCCGACCAGGACGAAUCCCGUGGAAUACGAAGCCAUUAGCUUGGACACCCUCAAAACCGAUGGUGGAAAAAAUCAAAUCGACAUUAUUACCUGGACCGAGACGGUGCUAUGCACCCAUUUCCCUAACUUCAUGACACGCACAUUGGCCAUCAGCAUUGCGACGAUACUCCAGAUUUCGACACUUCCGACAUCAAUCUGGUAUGUCUACAGCAAAGACAUCCUCUCGUGGUUGAUCCUUCUCUUUGGUUGCUUUGCCCAAAAACCUAAACCAGGAAGCAACUGGUGGGUUUUCUAUGGCAUGCGGAUCUUUUCCAUAUUGUUCUUGGGAGGAUACGCCUUUCUCCGCAUGCUUGGAUUUGAUGAGUUCCUCCCUACAGUCCCAGACGUGGUGUCCAUCUUCCUCUUGUGCACUGUGGCAGCCUGGAGCUGUGCCCACUUUGAUCGUGGAAACGUGAAGGUUUUCCUUCCGAUUUUCCUCGUACUCACGGCCAUAGUCAUUACGGUCGCAAACUACUUUGUCGUUCUUGUUGGAGACUCCAAGAUAUUCGCCGCGGCAACGGGCGGGUUCAAUGCACCUGAUGACAAUUUCUCGUAUUUCCAACUCAGUAUGAUGACCGUUUCUGGAUGGUUGAUCGCCUGGAUGGCAACUUCUGCCUGGCCGUGGCGCGUCACACUCACUUGGGAUAAGCUGUUCAAGGGCUUGUGGAAGCGAGCCCAUAUCCUAAAAUUCUGCUGGUUUAUUGCCGGUCCGCAUAUCCUUUGGAUACAGGCGUGCAACAAUACCAACCCCUCAAACUCGAAGGAUAUGGCUUUUGGACAGAUCUUUGCCAUCAUCGUAACGGCUCUGACAAUCUUCACCCUCCUUGACGAAAUGAAGGAUGUCAAGAUGGACGUGUGGUGGGCGUUCGUAAAGUCGAGGGAGAUGCCCCAAGAGGACGAGGGAGAGAAACCGAAACAUUAUGCGCCAAAGCCAGGGUUGGGAAUGAGGGUUUCUCAUGAAUGGGGAGGCUCCUCUGGUAUGUGUUUGCGGGAACCACCAUCUCCGUCAUUCUCCCUCUGUGGCAGGCCCACCUUCUCUCGCGCCAUGUAUAGCGAUUCUGUCUUCGAGGAUCUCCACUUCACACAUGAAGAGGACGGCAAGCUCUUUGUCAAAGCUUAUUGCUUAAAUCCCCCUCCAGAUGUCUGCCCUCCCUGGGGUCCCUGUCCCAACGGCGACGUAACUGGUAUAGGCCAGCAAGUCGGCGUAUUUGCUACCACGAUUGUAUACGGGCUUGCUCUUCUCUACUUUCCAGACGCCCAACGGGGCGCCUUUAUGGCGCAUCUUGGAAUUAUUCUCGCUCUCAUGCUCGCCUGCCUCAUUGUCAUCCUCAGAUCCCAGCUCACUCAGAAUGACGGAUUAUUCGUCCUUGUUUCGGUCGCUUCACCCCCCACCAUUUGGCUCUGGAUUUCCACCAUCCGGUCUUGCUGGAAUCCAGCUGCAUUCCCCAUUGCGAAAGAGGAUCCGCGAAACUCGAAAGAGCUGCACGCAUUCCGAGUCUUCUCUAUCCUAUCCCUCUUCUUCUUUGUCGGACUGAUUUUGACGAUGUUCUUACCCAACACAUCGAUCAAAUUGUCGCAACCCGCAUGUAACAAGGACUACGGUGAUCAUCUAUGGUACAACCUCAUCUACAUCAUGCCGCUUGCCAUCCAAUGGGCAUCUAAUGUGGUCUGUUUCGUUGGCGUGCUCUUGCUUUGCCGGGCAUGGGUGUCACGGCGAACCUACGAGGUUCCCCUCAGGAACCCUCUUGAACGCGACGGCAACCUUCAAGACAGCAACGCCUGCUCUCACGAAAAACCAGAAGGAAGCCAACGUGAACCUUUGGACAUUGUCACAUGGACAGAGCGCAUGCUAUAUGCUCAAUACCCUCAUUUCAUGAAUCGGUUUCUUUCCACGUCGAUAAUCACGGUCCUUCAACUGGGCUCUCUCCCAACCACCUUGCCCUACGUUGAAAGCGAAGACAUUAUUGCAUGGCUUCUCCUUACGUUUGGUCUGUUUGCCGGUGCGCCAAGGGGGAAGAUCGUCGUCCACUACGCUGUCCGAUUCAUACUGUGGGCGUUCAUUACUGCUUACAUUGUUGUUCGAGCGCUCUUCGUCUUUAUACCUGGCGCCACGGAUCUCGUGACCAUGUUUCUUGCCUGCACCGCGGCCAAAUGGAGCUGGUCCAACUUCACCUCCAAAAACAUGAAGUUUUUCGUACCCAUCAUCCUAGUUGUUGUGACGGCUGGACUUUGCGUAGCCAACGUCUUCAUUAUCAUGCUGGGCUCGGCGAAAAGCUUCUCCCACGGGAUCGCAAACGACCCUGACGAAGACAUGCUUUCCUUCGUGAUGGUGACUAUCACCACCGUUUCUGGAUGGUUCAUAUCGUGGUCAGCGACUUCCAUAUGGCCCUGGAGAAGGUUCCUCUCAUUUAGAGAGCUGGUAUCCGCCUCGUUUGCAAGGGCCCAUCUCCUAAAGCUCUGUCUCCUACUCGGACCAUUGAUGAUAUGGAUCCAAGCCUGCAUCUCGUCGGAACCAACAGCAAUCGUCGAUAUGACGUUCGGCCAGGUCUACGCACUCUUCCUGGUGGUUGAGCGAUUAGAUCCGCUCGUCACCCCCGGCGAAAUAUCACCCCAUCUCCAUCAAAUCAUUGGGGGAAAUGCGUGCGUAACGGGCCAAUCCCGUUCAAUUGUCUAG